AUGGGGACCCGCGAACCACUCCGCUUUACUCUGGAUGGGGUAGACCUUGCUCCCACCAUAGAGGAAUACACAUCACUAUUGCAUCUGGCCAAACUACCGACGCCCUACAAAACGUACUUGCCCGCUCGAACAUCUAUCAUCAAGGAUUUGUUCAAGGUCACCGAGGUUAAGGUCCAGAAUCUAAGAGACUCGAAGGUCACUUGGGAACACCUGAAAGAGUUGAUGGAGAAGGAAGGAAAGGAAGAAGCCCAACUGCAUCUACUGGCAUUAGCCAUCUGCGGCCUGCUUAUCUUCUCGAAGGAACUGGGAAUCAUCGAUCAUGCCACCAUUGCCUUUGUAGCACAAGUAAAGAAAAGGGUGAAUCCAGUCUAUGGUAUUCUGGCCGAAACGUUCCGAUCUCUUAACAGAUGCCGAAUUAGGAGACAUGCUCGUUUGACCUGCUAUGUGCCAUUGCCUUAUGUGUGGAUGAUGAGCCAUUGGCCAUGCAUCCAGGGAUUCUUUCACGCUUCUUUCUCAACAAUCAGAAUACCUUUAGUGGAGUUCGAAGUAGCUCGUUGGGAGGAACACGCCGGCAGGACUAAAUGGAAAGACAGACUACAGAAUCUAGUCAGCAAGGGGAUUGUAUGGCAGGCACCGUGGAUCGACCAACCCAAAGUGGUAUACAGAUGUGGAAACCUUCCUUGGGUCCCACUGCUAGGUCCCUGGGGUGGAAUAUCCUACGCACCACUUAUGUUCCGAAGGCAAGUAGGCGCAAUACAGUUAGUACCCAUGACCCAUGGACUGGCAGACGCUCGGUUCACAUAUGAAGAUAAUGAUAGCAAAAGGAAGAUGCGGGAAUUUUUUCUAUCAUGGAGGCAUGUGUACAUAGCCGAAGCAACCGGUCAGAACUCGGGAGUCCAGGAGAGUUAUAAGCUAUAG